GGCUGCGAGCGGCGCCGGGUCCAGCCCAGCCUCGGAAUAUAUAGAUCACUGGCGCGCAAUGAAGUAGCCUUUGGAGAGCCGGGAGGGGGCCCGUCCGACAGCCUCAGCGGCCCGCGCAGCGCCCGCGGCGAGGGCACCCCCAUCCCCGCUCGCACCCCGAGCGCCCGGCCCGCGAGCAGCCCGCGGAGGCGGCCGCGGGGACGCGAGGAGGCGCUGCGGGAGGAGCCGGGCGCGCAGCCGGCGGCUCCGCGCAUCCCGGCACUUGCAGAGCAACUCCGGCGCCGUCCGCACCCCCGGCCGGGGCAGGGGCCUCCGAGAGCCGCCGCCGGCCCGGCCCGACCCUCCCCCGGAGCCCUGCCCGGCCCCGCGCGGCGCCUGCCCGGCUCGCCUCCGCGCGGCGGGGUCCCGGCUCCUGCGCCCCGGGCGCGCCUCCCGGACCCCCGGGUCCCGCAGCCAGGACAAAGCCAUGAAGCCGGCGCUGCUGGAAGUGAUGAGGAUGAACAGAAUCUGCCGGAUGGUGCUGGCCACUUGCUUGGGAUCCUUUAUCCUGGUCAUCUUCUAUUUCCAAAGUAUGUUGCACCCAGUCAUGCGGAGGAACCCCUUUGGUGUGGACAUCUGCUGCCGGAAGGGGUCUCGAAGCCCCCUUCAGGAACUCUAUAACCCGACCCAGCUGGAGCUCUCCAACACGGCCGUCCUGCACCAGAUGCGGCGGGACCAGGUCACAGACACGUGCCGCGCCAACAGCGCCCUGAGCCGCAAGCGGCGGGUGCUGACCCCCAACGACCUGAAGCACCUGGUGGUGGACGAGGACCACGAGCUCAUCUACUGCUACGUGCCCAAGGUGGCGUGCACCAACUGGAAGCGCCUCAUGAUGGUCCUGACCGGGCGCGGUAAGUACAGCGACCCCAUGGAGAUCCCGGCCAACGAGGCGCACGUGUCUGCCAACCUCAAGACCCUGAACCAGUACAGCAUCCCAGAGAUCAACCACCGCUUGAAAAGCUACAUGAAGUUCCUGUUCGUGCGCGAGCCCUUCGAGAGGCUGGUGUCCGCCUACCGCAACAAGUUCACCCAGAAGUACAACACGUCCUUCCACAAGCGGUAUGGCACCAAGAUCAUCAAGCGCCAGCGCAAGAAUGCCACCCAGGAGGCGCUGCGCAAAGGUGGCGACGUCAAGUUCGAAGAGUUCGUGGCUUAUCUCAUCGACCCGCACACCCAGCGCGAGGAGCCCUUCAACGAACACUGGCAGACCGUCUACUCCCUGUGCCACCCGUGCCACAUCCAUUACGACCUGGUGGGCAAAUAUGAGACGCUGGAGGAGGAUUCUAAUUACGUCCUGCAGCUGGCAGGCGUGGGCAGCUACCUGAAGUUCCCCACCUAUGCCAAGUCUACGAGAACUACUGAUGAAAUGACCACAGAAUUCUUCCAGAACAUCAGCUCCGAGCACCAAACGCAGCUGUACGAAGUCUACAAACUCGAUUUUUUAAUGUUCAAUUACUCAGUGCCAAGCUACCUGAAAUUGGAAUAAGGGGGUGGGGAGAGGGAGAGAAUCGUGCUUUUUAAUUUAAGAUUUUUAUUUGUCAAAAGAAUUAUAUGGAUAUUGGGUUAUUUUGUAAAUUAAUAUUUCUUUGGGGAUGAUGCUGCGAGCAGCAUAGCGAGAAUUAUUUAAAAUCCUAGUAGGGAAGGACAGCUGUCUUUGCGAGGGGAACAGGAUCGUGUCCUUGUCUUUUAGACAUGAGUACUGCAACACUGUCUCAAAGGUUUCCUUGUGUUCUGGUGAAUUCCAUGGACUGUGCAUUCCAUAAAUUCUAAUGAAUAUUAUUUAUAGUUAUU